AUGCUUGCCCACGCCGCCAAAACUCCCUCAAUCGUACCCUCACGGAACGCCCUCCGAGUACUACGCCAAUUGGCACUGGCAGGAUCAACAGUCGGUGGAUUCUGCACCGUUGCCGCUCUCACAUAUGAAGCACAUCGCCGGGUCCGUGUCGCCGAAAAAAUAGUCGAUAACAAACGAACAUUACACAAUACUGCACCAAACUAUGAUGCAACGUCCGCCGCCAAAAGAUUGAAAGUGAUGGUGGAGGCAGCAGAGGCAGGCGAUUUCAUGGGCAUCGAGUCUCUCAAGCUAAGGAAUCGGAACCUGCCUGACGGGCCAAUUGAACCAGGAUCAGAUCUCGAAGUGGAAGCAGCGAAUUACCCCAAGCCUAAGCCGAUGAUUUCUCUGGCCAAGCAUCAUGCUCGCUCCAAGAACUCGCUCUUUGAAGGCCGCCCAAAGCAGCUAUUCGACGACAAAAACCCCUUCCACGUGGGAUUAUUGGCCCGGAAUGAGAGAAUAUUGGCCCGUGAAAAUAAGCAAGCUGAAGAUGCUCGAGACAAUGGAAAGCUUCCUUUCGAGGCGGAAAUUCGCAAAUUGAUCAACCAAGAUCGGGAGAUUACUGCAGCGAAUUUGUUCCUUGCGGCUACCGCCAGCGCAAAGAACAUAUCUUGGGAACGGAGAGAGAUCGGCUGCUAUAUCUUCACGGCAAACUGCACAAAAGGGAAUCUUUUUGUUGCCCGAACUUUGUUCAACCGCUUGGAUCAAGUUAGUGUUGUGUCGAAUGAAAUGUGGGCUACAAUUAUGCAUUUGCUAGCAAAGGAGGGCCACAUCGAUUCUGUCGGUGUCAUAUACGAUAGAUUCAGGACGAGCUUUGCUGUCCCAACAUAUCUAUUGGAGGUCAUUCUCCGGUGUCUGAUUGAGUCUAAACGAUUGGACUCUGCAAAGUUCCUCUUCUUCCAACGCUUCAAGGAUGAUCGCGACUGCGGCUUGUGUGGCGCCUACUUGGACGGCCUAUGGAGGAAGACGAGGAGUAUGGAGCUGGUCUCUUCCCAGCUUCGGCAGAUUAUCGACCGCCUUGAGUCACUUGGUCGAAAGUCAACCGAGAAGCUUUUCAACCCAGUGGUCAAAGCCAUGGUAGAGACAGGGAGAGCGGAGGAGGCGGAGACCCUGGUGAAAGAGAUGUUGCCGACAUAUGGAGCCAAACCUGGAUGUCGCACCUUUGGCUUGAUUAUCUACAGCCGAGCACUCAGCUGUGAAUGGGACAGGGUCAUGGAUGGAAUGUAUGCUAUGCACGAGCACGGAUACACCUCGAACACGAAGGAUUUCGCCAUUGCUUUUGACCGCGUGUUUUUGGAAUAUUAUCCAACCCACACGGGCAACCAGAUCUUCGACUUCCUCAUCUCCUGCAUUAACGACUUCGAUAUCAAGCCAGAUAAGGUUCUCCACAGACAUAUGCUCGAAGCCCUGAUUGAAAAGGGCACCGAGGAGAUGAUCACCAUGCUCAUGGACAUGGCCAAUGAACGCCAAUGGGACACUGGGUUCAACCGAAAAGAAAUCAAGAAUCUAGUCAAGACCCGACGUCUCGCAAUGACUGACAGCCCGGUUGGAAUCUGGAAGAUGUUACAAACAGCCAAAAAUGGAUCGAAACACUCGACUUCCACGCGGCGCAUCUUCGGGACUAGUUCUGAGAGUUGGACAGUACGUGGAGAGAAGAUUGCACCAAUUCACCUUCCCGCCGAAAAGACCUACUCGAAAACUUUGGAUAUGAUGGCCAAUAAGAGCGUGAAUCUGUUUGUACCGCUUCACAAACGAAUGGAGCAUUGUAUCAACAUGGGCAACCAUUCAGAAGCUCUGGCAAUGUACGAUGAUGCAGCAAAGGGAGGUUUUGUUGUGAGACCUAUUCAUUUGACAUUGGCCAUCAUUGCCGCAAUUCUCGGAUGCAGCAAGCUAGGUUUAGCCAACGCCCGACGUCUGAUCACUUCUGAGUGGGAUUACUGGAAGACAAUUCCCUCCCUUCGUUAUACCAAACGUUUCACCUCGUGGACUCCCAUGUUCUUCCAGCGGGUGAUGAAGGUGGACCCCAAGGCUAUCGGCCCUGGCGGUCUGAUCAAGAUGGCUAUGUUCGAAUACUACAACAUCUGUGCCACGACCGACGGCCUUGCGGUCAAACACUUCUCUGCGGCUUCUUCCAGUCGCCAACUCAUCACAGGAGGAACACCAGAACUUGCCGUUGAUCUCUUGACCACAAUCUACCAAUCUCGUUGGCGUAUCUCCCAUGGCUUUGACCAAGUCCUUUUGAAAAUGUUGAUGCGUGCCUAUGCUGGGCUCGGCAAUCUCAAAGGCAUGUGGUGGUGUAUUAUGACCAUCCUAUCACGCAACGAGAGCAUCAAACAAGACUUUGUUGUGGAGGCCAAGUCUCUGUUGAGCACAUUGGAGAAGAAUUCCCCGCCCACUGCGUCUGCUGAGAUCGCGGAACAAGUCCGAACCCUACAGCAGACCGUUGAAGUGCUGGUAGCCAAGUCCACAGGCGACCCGCACUGGUCAAACACCAGUGUUAACCCGGAGUUGAAAAAGACUGGGCGAUGCAACCAGCCACAGCACUCCGAGAAGCAACAUUUGAUUCCGACUACGAGUCUAGAGGAUCUGAUCAUCUCAUUUGAUGAGGAGUGGGAGCUGGAUCAGUUGCUACAGCGGAAGCAGCAUGAUUCGGAUGAGCAUGUGAAGUGGUGGGCCGAGUCCAACUUGUCCCAGGCGCACUCAGCAAGCCCAGAAGAUCCCAUUUACCCCGAGUACGAAGCUGAGACUUGGGAUCAGUACUAUGUGCCCGAGCAGGACUACUCUCGCUACCAUCUUGAGUUCACCCCUUCGGAGUCUGAGGAGUAA